UUAUUGAUGAAGUUGACCAAUAGCCAACUUAUACGACUAAGGCUGAUUGGCCAACUUCACCGAUUAAGAUUAAGACUUCCGACUAUCGACUCAUUGUAGAAUCAGCAUUACAAAUACACAUUUGUGUUUGUAAAGCAGAGAAUUUAUUUUUAAAGCAGACAAUUUGUCAAGCAAAAAAUUUGUUCGUACAUGUCGCUGCAUCUCGUCGAUAAAACGAAUUUUCUAAUCUCUAGUCGUCAACUUUAACGCUUAAUAUUUCAGUUCGCGGAGUCGUCCUAACGUUUUUUCUUACAAAUUCUUUCGUUUUGUGCAAAAACGCGUCGAAUAAGCCUAAUUUCAUCAAAAUCGGAGGUGAUGACCGAUUCUAAAUAAUUUUCCCAAAAUUAAAGUUAAUUACAAUAGUGCAACUGGGUCUUGAUGUCAAUUUUAAUUUAAAAAAGAAGAAACUGUGUUGAAAUAGCUAAAACAGUAGAAGACACCUUAUGUUUCCUCCAAUCGAAGGAAAAAAAAAAUUAUCUCUAUUAUAAAUAUUAUAUUGCUUGAUAUUAAAAAAAAAUAAAAAUAAAAAAUGGUAGUUACUUGCUGUAUUGGUAACUGUAAAAGUUUAUGGAUAAGAGGCGACAUUAUUACUUUUCAUUGUUUUCCUAAAGAUGAACGUUUACGCAAACAAUGGAUUUCAGCAAUUCCAUCUAAUAUUUUAAGAACUACAGAUAUUAACCAACAUUCUAGAUUAUGUAGUAAACAUUUUACAGCAGAAUGUUUUGCUGAAUCUACUUCAUUUAAAUCUCUACGAAAUAUGUUAAAUAAGAAUGCUAUUCCAACAAUAUUUGAAGAGUGCCAAGAGUCCCAGUAUCAGUUAGUUGAAUUAGGAAAAGAGAUCUUGCCAAAUAUAUUAAACAUCGAAGUUGAUCCGCUAGACAUUAGUAAUGAAAAUUGUAAAAUGGAAAAACCCAAUUUGUCAUAUAUUUUAAAAAGAGAAAUUGGUGUGCAAACAUUAAAACGGAAUUUUGAUGAAUCAGAAAAAAUUAUACAGAGUUUGACAAAACGCUUGAAACAACGUGAUGAAAAAAUUAAGAACUUGGAGGAACGUCUGAAAAAGAAAGAAACUGAAGAAAAAAAUGAUAGCAUGAAAAUGAUAAAAGAUGCUGUUAACAAGUAUAUCUGCGAGGAAAGAAAAGAAUUAUUUUUGCAUGAAUUUGCGAAUAAUGAGACUGGUUCUAGUAAGAAAACUUAUAGUGAAUAUAUGAGGCAAUUUGCCGCAGCUACAUAUCAUCAUAGUCCUAAAGUAUAUAAAAUUUUGAAGAAACUGAUUACUUUACCGACUACUUAUACCGCAGCUAGAUGGUUGAUAGAUUUUAGUCAAGAUCCACAAUUUAUGGAAGAAAUAAAAUGAAUUAUUCAACUUCAUACAAUUUUAAUUAUAAAACGCAGUUUAUUCAUUUCGUACUCAGUAUUUCAAUAUCAAAAUUAUAACCAUAAAUAUGAUAUUGUAUGAUUAUAACCGUAAAUAUAUUGUGAUAUGAUAAUUAUAAAUAAAUGGUAAUCGUGAUCAAUGCAA